AUGGAUCACUUCAAGGAGAUUAAUCGUGCUUAUCGUAUUUUAACUGAUCCUGUGAAACGGAGUAUUUAUGAAAAAUAUGGAAGCGUAGGCUCGUCUAUUGCGGAACAAUUCGGUGAAGAAAAUGUGAACACCUACUUUGUGCUUACAAACAAAUGGUGUAAAUGUUUUAAAAGAUCCAACGUAUCACUGUUAUUUACCGCGCUUCAUUUCACUCAAGGUCAUUGCUUGCAGAUGGAAAUAACUGAGGUGAAUGCAAUGACAUAA